AUGGCCAGCUCUAGGCUGCUGAUUGGUGCUGCAUUCUUGGUUUUACUCUUUGUGGACCUUGCCUUUGCUGCUAGAUCAUUAGGUGGUGGAGGAGGAGGAGGAGGAGGAGGAGGUGGUGGUAAGGGAGGAGGAGGGGGAGGGGGUGGAGGUGCUUCUGGGUCUGGAUAUGGGUCUGGAGGUGGCUCUGGUUAUGGGUCCGGAUAUGGGUCUGGUGGAGGGAACGGAGGUGGAGCAGGUGGUGGAGGAGGUGGUGGUAGUGGUGGUGGUGGAGGUGGAGGUGGAGGGAAAGGAGGUGGAAGUGGCUCUGGUUAUGGCUCGGGAUAUGGAAGUGGUGGGGGAUAUGGAAGUGGAGGUGGUAAGGGUGGAGGUGGUGGAGGAGGUAUGGGUGGAGGUGGAGGUGGCGGUGGUGGUUCAGGCGCUGGCUCUGGCUCUGGCUACGGCUCAGGCUAUGGAGAAGGAUAUGGGGAGGGGGGUGGCCAUGGUUAUGAUUUCCCAUGA